UUUGAGAAUAAUUAAAACUAAAAAGUACACAUGUCCACUGUAACGUGUCAUCGUUUGUGCUGCGCCCUCCGCUCUUCGAUUAGGCUGAACAAUUUUCACGGGCAAAAGAUCAUCCGUUCAUCGAAUAUACGUUUUAGUUUCCCUGCUACCUUAAGGUCUUUCAGCACAAUGUCUUCAUACACUAUCGAGGAGAAGGGGCCAGCAAAUUCACUUCAAUAUCGCAUCUUUUUCAAAAAUGCAAGUGGGAAUUAUAUAUCGCCGUUUCAUGAUAUCCCAUUGACUCCCUCUGGAAGCAGUGCCAGUGAUCCAGCUGUUUUCAACAUGGUAGUUGAGGUGCCCAGAUGGACCAAUGCCAAAAUGGAGAUCAAGGUGGGCGAGAAACUUAACCCCAUCAUGCAAGACGUUAAGAAAGGCAAGCUACGUCUCGUCAAGAACUGCUUCCCUCACCAUGGGUACAUAUGGAACUACGGAGCACUACCACAGACGUGGGAAGACCCUGGCCACAACGAUGAGCACACCAAGUGCAAGGGUGACAACGACCCUCUGGAUGUGUGUGAGAUCGGGUCAAGGGUCGCCAAGAGAGGUGAAGUCGUACAGGUCAAGGUGCUUGGUGUUCUCGCCAUGAUUGAUGAAGGGGAGACAGACUGGAAGAUUCUGGCGAUUGAUGUUAGAGACAAAUUGGCAAAGGAUCUAAAUGAUUUACAAGAUAUAAAAGAACAUAUGCCUGGCUUCCUUGAGUCUACGUUUGAGUGGUUCAAGAUAUACAAGGUCCCCGAUGGUAAACCAUUCAAUACAUUUGCUUUCAACGAUGAGCCUAAAGGCAAGGAUUUUGCUCUGUCGAUCAUCAAACAGACCCAUGAACAAUGGCAGAGACUCAUGCAGGGCAAGACAGAUCCAGCAGGACUCUCCUGUGAGAAUAUUUCCGUUGCAGGAAGUGCACACCUUAUUUCAGUCGAACAAGCUCAAACCAUCGCCGCAGCUGCUCCAGAAACUGGAACUCCAGAACCAGUCAACACUGAUGUCGAUACGUGGCAUUUUAUACCACAAUAGCAGUCAAGCCGGAUGAAACCAGCUCACUCUGAGCAUGUCUGCAAGCUAUGACAUCACAAACUGCGAGCUAUGACAUCACACACUGAAAGCUAGGACAUCAUACACUACAAGCGAUGACAUCACUCACUAAAAGCGAUGACAUCACUCACUAAAAGCCAUGACAUCACACACUGCAAGCUAUGACAUCACACACUAAAAGCCAUGACAUCACGCACUGAAAGCUAUGACAUCACACACUGAAAGCCAUGACAUCACCACUGCAAGCAAUAACAUCACACACUACAAGCUAUGACAUCACACACUGCAAGCUAUGACAUCACACACUGCAAUCUAUGACCUCACACACUGCAAUCUAUGACAUCACGCACUGCAAGCUAUGACAUCACCACUGCAAGCAAUAACAUCACACACUACAAGCUAUGACAUCACGCACUGCAAGCUAUGACAUCACCACUGCAAGCAAUAACAUCACACACUACAAGCUAUGACAUCACACACUGCAAGUGAUGACAUCACACACCACAAGCUAUUACAUCACACACUGAGUGCCUGUCUUAUUUUGUGAUUGUUUUAUGAAAGUUCAAUGCAAAUAAACGAAGAAUACUUCAGUUGGAUUUUUAUGCAUAACUUAAUACAGGGUUAAAUGGUGACUUUAAGAGUUUGUUAGUUCAAUGAAAUUAUCCAAGGUUGGUGAAAAGGAAUGAAAUUAGACAGCGAUUAAUAUAUAAUUAAAAAAAAACAGUAUUUGCCCGUCAGGGAAGGGUGAAAAUAAUUUUCUAAAAGUGUUCAGUCUUUGUACAACUGAACUUUUGAAACUUGCAUUUGUUGCAAUUUCAUUACUUUGUUUUGUAGAAAAUCUUUAGCUUCCAGGAUGAGGUUACUAACCAAAAUACCCUGUCACAUGUACCACUUGUAACUGGUAGCCUGCUCAUUUUUGCUUAGCUGAAAAAUUGUUCAGCAAUGGACCCUAGUUUGCUUUGCACAGAAUCAAGCAUACCACCAUAGUAAGCAAUCACUCUUUAUGGUAAAAGUGUUGAAUUUUGUUAGGCCGUGUCCGAAACGGCGACUUCGGCUACAGCUACGGCUAGGGCGCGCGCGUCUGCCU